CGGGGAAUAGAGAAGAACCAAGAGCGGCGAGUUAUGUUAAAAGCCAAACACAAGUUAGAAAGACCAGGUCUCCACAUCAUGAGGCGACUUCAAAGAAAAGAAGAGUUGAUUGAGAGCCUGAUGCUCAAAAUUUCAGAGCUAGAUAAAGGAAAUAAAGGUAGAUGAAUAGUUGGGAUGUAAUUAAUAUGAAUAGUUCUGAUGUAAGACGUAUGAACAGUUCUUAUAUAAUUAAUAUGAAUAAUGCUGGUAUAAGUAAUAGGAAAAGUUCUGGUGUGAGUAAUAUGAACAAUUCUUCUUGUGUAAGAAAUGGGAAUAUUCUUAUGUAAGCUAGAGACCGACCGAAUUUCGGUUUCGGCGCCGAAAGUGGCCAUUUUAUCACUUUCGGCCAAGUUUUGGUUUCGGCCGAAACUGAAAAGUUAACUUUCGGCUUAAUUUCGGUUUUGGCCGAAACUGAAAAUUUAACUUUCGGAUUUUCUUCGGUUUCGGCCGAAAUUGACUUAGACUUUCGGCCAUCCGGCCGAAAGUGACUCAGGUUUUCGGUCAAUUAAAACUCAGCAAAAGCUAUUAUAUUUAACUACAAACUAAGCGAUAUUUAAGAACAAAUUAAGCGAUCUUUGUGAACAAACUAAACGAUAUUUAACAACAAACUAAAUGACAUUUAUGAACAAACUAAACGAUCUUUAAAACAAACUAAGUGAUCUUUAAAAGCUAUCUAAGCGAUCUUUAAUAACAAACUAAACUAUUUUUAAGAACAAAAUACACGAUCUUUAACAAUAAACUAAGCGUUCUUUAACAACAAACUUGACGAUCUUUGACAACAAACUAAGCGAUCUUUAACAACAAACUAAACGAUCUUUAACAACAAACUAAGCGAUCUUUAACAACAAAUUAAGCGAUCUUUCAGAACAAAUUAAGCGAUCUUUAAGAUUAAACUUUUCGAUAUUUUAGAACAAACUAAGCGAUCUGUAUGAACAAACUCACAGAUCUUUAAGAACAAACUAACCGAUCAAUAACAACCAACUAAACGAUCUUUGACAACAAACUAAGCGAUCUUUAAGAACAAACUAAACGAUCUUUAACAAUAAACUAAGCGAUCUUUAACAACAAACUAAAUGAUCUUUAACAACAAACUAAACGUUCUUUAACAACAAACUAAGCGAUCUUUGACAACAAACUAAGCGAUCUUUAACAACAAACUAAGCGAUCUUUCAGAACAAAUUAAGCAAUCUUUAAGAUUAAACUUUGCGAUAUUUUAGAACAAACUAAGCGAUCUGUAUGAACAAACUCACAGAUCUUUAAGAACAAACUAACCGAUCAAUAACAACCAACUAAACGAUCUUUAAAAACAAAUUAAGCGAUCUUUUAGAACCACAAUUUUUAGAGACCCGGUUUAAAAAAAUAAUAUUUUGCAUUAAUUUCCCCCCACCCCACAAUUUUUGCCAAAUAUUCUCCUACCAUACAAAUUUAAAAAUAAAUUGUAAAGCAAUUUAAAUUAAUUUUAUAUUAAAAUGGUAAAAUCCAAAGUAUUCAUUAGAUCAAGGGUCUCAAACUCAAAUCAUCAAAAGGGGGGAGGGGAGGAGCGCAGGAGGUAGUGUCUGAAUGAGAGUGGGCCGCAUCAAUAAUCCACAAAAAAGCGAUUACAACUGUUACAAUCUGCUCAACCUUUAUAAAUAACAAUAAAAUCAUUAAGGGUUCUCAAGAACUAGGAUUCACUUUCAUCCACCUACUCACUGUUGCAUUCAAAAAUAUAUAGAAGCAUUUUAAAAAAAUAAUCAGAAUUAGACUAGUCCCUGAGAUUCGACUGAAACCGUCGCGGAGAGUCACUUUAUAGAUUUGAGAAUGGGUGAAAAGUUCGGCCUUUUUUCGGUUUCGGCCGAAAGUCAUUUUUAAACUUUCGGUCUUUUUUCGGUUUCGGCAGAAAGUCAUUUUAAACUUUCGGCCUAUUUUCGGCUUCGGCCGAAAUCAGAAAAUCACUUUCGGUCGGUCUCUAAUGUAAGCAAUUUGAAUUGAUCUGGUGUCAGUAAUAUGAAUAGUUCUUGUGUAAGUAAUGUUUCUGUUGAUUGUAAUUUGCAUGCGAACAUGACCAAGGCUAUAUUUGACAGUGAGUAUGCUGGUGGCUAGAUAGUCCUAUUUGUGCCUGGUAAACUUACCAGCAUGUAGCACCCACAUAACAAAACACUUUUCAAGGCAUGAAUGUACAGUCUCUGGUAUUCCAAAUAUUUCAAUGAAUGGAAAGGAAACUGGAAUUGACUUUGAAAUUUGUUUAUUUUUAGUCCCUGAUAGAUAGACAUGACACACUCGUUCUUAUUUCCAGAGAACGAUGACUUUCCAACACCUACACAUCAACUUGUUGGCCAUUUCAAGAAGCUGGAGGAAGAAAAUGACACACUUAGGAAUAAAGUAAAUAUGGAGUUUGUGUACUUUAUUAUCUAGCAUAGACAUCUUCAUUCUUUUUUUUUCCCAUUCAAAUGUGGCAAUAAUGUUACAUAACUGGUGAGUAAAUUCAUCACAGUCGCUUCCCUUGUCUUUUUAACCCUUGCUUAAAAUACAGAACUUUUUUUUCCUCAAGCCAAAAGAAUAUGAAUGCAGAGGUUUUUAUUUGAAAAUAUUCUGACCAAAACUUAUGUUUAAAAAAAGUCCCUAUUGCAUGAGGAAAUUUAUUACCUUUUAAGCCCGGAGCAGUGACAUCAUUAUUUGUAUUCUUAAAGGUGACUGACCUGGAAUCAGCUCUUACAGCUUGUAAGUGUAAAUUGGCCAAAUAUGAGACAGAGUUAUUGUGCAGAAAGUCUUCAGAUUUAAUACUCUUUGAUGGCAAUGUAAGUUUAUUUUUAAAUCAUUUAUAUUAACUUUGCUUUUGUUCAUUGGUGGCUGGCAAAAACUUCGGAUGUCUCAUUGACCCACCUCCCGUCAAACUAUCCAGCCGAUGACAACACACUCUAUCAAAUUUUCAGCCCCAACCCCCAAAAAUCAGUUUCGCUGUUUUUCAAGGGGAACAUGAAGUAAAAUUCUUUUUUUUUUUAAAUACCGGUAUUGCAAGAUUGUUUAGUGCUUAAUAUUUAUUUUGCUUUUCUGAAAAAGUUGAUGAAAUAAAUCUGCAGUGUAAAAGCGGGUGGGUCAUUAAAAUAUUAUAUAGUUCGGUGCAGUGUCUAAUUGGGAUUCUUAUAAAGUGCCUUGCAUGUAUGUAUGUAUGUAUGUAUGUAUGUAUGUAUGUAUGUAUUUAUGUAUGUAUGGCACAUUUUGUCAAAUUUUAAGCCUCACCCUCCAUCGCUCAAUAUUAAUUUUAUAAAGGAUUUAUACGAAAAAUGUUGUUGAUUUAUGAUUAAUUUUCUUUAAAAGAUAAAUUGAACACGAGUCAUGGCUUAGAAUAAAAUGUAGUAAUAGAUAUAUUUCUCUAGGUAUAUAUGGUGCAAUGGUGUGUUCAAUAUGAAGCAAACUAAAAUGCCUUAUAACUGCUCUAAUUAAUGCUCUCAGGGUCACUUGAUUUGAACUGUUUUCUUUUGUUUUAUGGAAAUAAUAUCAAUUUAAAUAUAGUAUAAUAAAAUCUGCGGUAUACAAGGGGUUGGGGCAUUAGAAAUAUUAAUAUAGUCACAGGCGUGAUGAAAUUGUGAGGUUGGGGGGGGGGNGUAGCACUAAUUGAGAUUUUUAUAAAGUGUUACUUAAAUGCAUGUUUUGUCAAAUAAAUUUUGUAGAUGGUAAGUUAACGCAUUUCGGCUUCCUUUGUUUGGCGGGUGAUAGCUAAUAUUAUAUAAUACUUUCUUGGUGCAAUCAUAAUGGAACAAUUUGUACUUGUAAACAACCCAUCUGUGAUUGUUGUAUACAACAUAAACUACCAGUAUGAUGUGUAGUUGAAAAGUCCUCAGCCCAUUUUAAGCUUAUUCCACAAGAGUGACUUUAGGGUACUUUUGACAUGCUCUUCAGCCCACUUGCAUAACAAUAAUAUCAUUCCGACAUAUGAAGACUUGCACAUAUAGGGUAUCAUUCAAAAAGCUUUUCAAUUUUAGGAUGUUUCUGGUUGUUGUUUUUGUAAAACUGUAUAUGACUCAAUAUAGUAACUUUAGUUUUGGACAUUUAUAAUAUAAACCAGUGACUCCCAGCCUGUGGUCUGAUCACUGCUCAGGGGCUUUGUGUCCGGUCCAGGAAAUAAAAUCAAUAAAAAAAGAUUUGAAUGAAUCUUGUAAGAAAUAAGGUAGGCCUAAGGGACUCCCCCCAAAAGAAAUUGAUUCUAAAAUAGGCGCUCCACUAGUCAAAAAGUUUGUGAAUCACUAACAUGGACCAUACAUUUGUCACUCUUCAGGUUCUUCCAACAGUGUUUGCUACAGAGUAUGACCUUGAACGGAUGAAGCACAUAUUGUCAGAUGGAGAGAAAAAAAUCCAAGUAAGCUGCUGCUCAUUUACACUUGUUUUUUUGCUUAUUCUUUUUGCAACAACCUUUUCCUAACAUUGCUUUCUUAAAAUUGUUGUUAGUUAACACAUCAAAUGCCAUGAGACCAGACAGUAGCUCUGCGACUUUGUAAAAAAAAUUGUGUCCAGAAGGCACUGAUGAGACCAAGUGAUGUGCUUUUCUUUAAUAAUAUAUUAUUAAAAUACUUGACACAAUUCUAAAGCAGUUUUUAAGGCUUUUUUAAAAGUGUUAGCAAGCAUUAUUUGCCUAUUGAUAUAGAGGUGAGAUUUUUCUAACCUUGGAUGCUUGCUAAUGCCUUUGCACCAUCUGGGGCUUUGGCCAUCUACAAGAAUUUUCGGUCCUGUGCUUUCCUUUCCAUUUCCAGUUGUAUCCCAUACUUUGUGUGUCUGCAUCUAGUUGGCAUCUCCAUGUAUUUUUGCUGUGGAUUUCAUGUUAGGUAUUAUCUGGUGAUGUUAUCUAGGGGUUUACAAAGAGUGUGCUCUAUCCACCUUCAUCUUUCCUUUUGAUGUCUCCAGCUUUAGGCUCCUGGUAUGUCCUUUCCAGUAAGUCUUUGUUGGUGAUGGUGUUUAGCCAUUUGAUGCUCAGGAUCUUUCUAAGGCAAGUGUUUAUGAAGGUCUGUACUUACUGCAUAAUGCUCCAUGUCUUUCUUCAAGUUCAGCUUCAUAGGUUAGGACUGUUUAGACCAGGGUCUCAAACUCCCAGCCCAUGCUUACGAUAUUUUGCGGCCCGCUACUCGACAAAAAAAUUUUGUGUACUUCCAAGCCACACGUUUUCCCCAUUCUCAUAUCUAUAAUGUAACCCUCAGCGACAGUUUCAGUUGAAUCUCAGCAACUAGUCUGAUUCUGAUUUGCAUUAUAUUUGUAUAGGUUUGGACAUUGAUUAUAAUGGUAAAAAACGUUUUAAAAUCGGGCUUAAGGAUUUCAUUUUAUAGCAUGUUAUGAGACAAACAUGGCCAAAGUGUGGUUUUGAGAAAACAUGCUUUGAAUAUUGUAUAUACAUAUAUCAAAAGUUUAAAAAGGAAGUUAGUGGGUAAUGCAGAACCAUAAUUGUGUAAAUUGUAGCAAUCUGACACAGUAUCAAAGAAUGCCCAUUAAAAUUGCUGCUCGUAUGUAAGAGUGAUGAGUGAGGGAAAUUCCGAGCAUGUCAGCUUGGUCAUUUUCAAAAUAGGGUUAGUCAAAAAGGCCUUUUUCGACCAUAAAAAGAAUCAAAACUCAUUCUCCUUAAAAUAGCAUCUUUCAUCGCAUCAAUAAUUCAUUAAUAUUGCCUGGUCCUGCCUUCUGUUUGAACACAUUUUAGUUUUAAAAUCGCCAGUGGGCAUCACCAUAUUUUUAUUUUCUUCUUACCAGAAGCUCAUUAUUUUCAUAGCAUUUAUUAGUUGAAUACUUUUAUUUUAGGUCACCGGGAAUUUUAUUUUAUUACUAAGGAUAUAAUGCCGUUAACAAUGAUACGCAAUGUGACUGCCUAGAUUGAGAUAUGAAUUUAUUUGUAAUUAACAAAGGUUGCGCUGAUUUUAACAGUUGUACUUUAUUUAAUUUGUAAUCGCUUUUUUGUGGAAUACUUGUUGUGGCCCAGCCUCACUCAGACUCUGCCUCCUGCCGCCCCCAAAUAAUUUGAGUUUGAGACCCCUGGUUUAGACAUUUGUGUUGAAAAUUCUGACUUUGGUUUGAAGAGUCGGCUCCUUUGACACCCACAUUUUCUUUAAUAGCACAAAUGCUGACCUCGCCUUUCCAAUUCUGGCCCUGACAGCCGCUUCCGAUCCACCAUUUAUUUCAAAAGUGCUGCCUAAGUAUGUGAAGGCCUCCAUUUCUUCCAGUGCAUUUCCUGCCAGAGAGAUAUGGUCUUGAUUGGCUGAGUAUACCUUCCUGAUCUUUGUCUUGCUUUUAUUUAUAUUGAGUCCCAGCUGUGCUGAAAUGGUGUACCACCCUGCAUGUCAUUUCUUCAUAAGAAUUCUGGAUAAUCCUGACUAGUUUCCUGGUAUCCCAUAAUGCAGGAGAAGUUUCCACCAGAUUUGUUGUCCAGGCUGUAAUCAAAGGCCUUUUCGUAGUCAAUAAAAUUUAUUCAUGGGGGGAUUUCCAUUCAAUGGACUUCUCUACAAUGAUUCAUAGUGUUGCAAUUUGAUCUCUGCAUGAUCUGUUUUGGGGGAAGCCAGCCUGUUGAUCUCGUAGCUGCCUGUGGACCUGGUCCUUUAUUCUAUUUAGAAAAAUUCUGUUAAAGACCUUUCCUGGUGCAGACAGCAGUGUAAUUGGACUAGUUUGCACAGUUGUUGAGGUCCCCUUUAUUUGGUACCUUGACACGCUAUCCUUUUUUCCAAUCUUUUGGAGCUUUCUCUUCUUCCCAUAUCCUUCAAACAGAGGGUCAGCAUGUAAACUAUUGUAUCUAUAUCUGCCCUCAUCAUCUCAGCUGUAAUGUUAUCGGGUCCCAUUGCUUUCCCUAUUUUGAGCUGCUUGAUACCCAGGGCUAUUUCUUCCUUAUUUGGGGAACUGUCUUCCAUUUGUAAAUCUUCAUUUGCUGGUUUUAUAUCUGGUGAGUCCUUGGGUGGACGUCUCUUUAGAAACUCCUUAUGUAUUCCAUCCAUCUUUUUUGUCAUUCUUUCCGUUCCGUUAUUGAUCAUCCUUCCUUGUCUUUAACAGGUCUCUCUGGCCUCUUGUAGCUUCCUUCUUGUUAUGUCCUAGAGCUCUAUCAUGUUCCCCUUUCUUGUUGCUUCUUCUGCUGUAGACGCGAGACCUUCUGUGUAAGUUCUUUUAUCCUUUUUGAUUCUGUUCUUUACCCUUUCGAUUUGCUUCUUCAUAUUCCUCUUUGUGCUUUUGUUUUCUUUGCCCUGGUGCGGCUGUUGUCAACUUCACACUUCAUUUCUUUCCUCUCUUUUAUUCGUUGCAACGUGUUGAGUGAGAACCAAUAUUUCUAUUUUUGCUUUACUUGUCCCUGGUACCUCAUUGCAUGUCGUUGCAUGUCGAUGUUACAGACAUCUUUAUGUUUUGCCAUUGAAUUUCUAUCUGGUCACCAUCUGUUUGGUCUUGCAGUACCUGGAUCUUUUUUCUCAAGGUAACACUGAAUUCCUGUGGAUUCGAGCAGAAACAUUUGAUGAGUAACAGAAAAUUGGUAAAAGCUGAACGGUUGCUAAUUCCAAUAUUUUUGUUUACACACACCUUAGAGCAGGUGUCGGGAACCUUUUUGUCUGAGAGAGCCAUGGACAUUACAUAUUUUGAAAAGUAAUACUGUGAGAGCCAUACAUUAUGUUUAAGACUAAAAAUUCAAACAAAAACGUUUGCAUUUUGUGUUAUUUCAACACUAAUAAUGCCAUAAUUAUGUCUCUGAAUUCUUUUUAAUAACAUUGUUAUGCUGUUGCUAAUCAAUAAUGAGUAUUUCUAACCAUUAAUGCGACUUUUUUUUAUAUAAUCAAGCCAUAGGUUCCCGACCCCUGCCUUAGAACAUGUGGUAUCAAACAGAUGCCUUUCUGCAUCCACCUCCAAUAAAAAUAACAUCCAAUAUUAAUUUCCCUUCAGCUUUUUAACAAUAUGUUACAUUUAAUUUAUUGUUAAAGAGUUUAUAUCAUUUCUUGAUUAAUUUAUGUUUUUUAUGUUUUCAUGUUCAGCGGAUAGAAAUGGAGAAAGAUAGUCUCGAAAAACAACUGAACAAAAGUGAAGGUAAAAUUAUUUUGUUCCUUUUACACUUAGGAGGGUUCUUGUUGGGAGAGGGGUGGGGGGGUCAGUGCUAAAAUCUAGAAUUGUCUUAUAAAUUGAAUUGCAAUGUUUUAUAAUUGGAGGAGGUGAUUUUACAUUAACAGAAAAAACUGAUUUUAAAAAAAAAAAACAUUUCCAGUCUUACUAAUCUCUAUCUAAUAAAUUUCCCUUCAAAGAAAUUUCCUUUCAAAAAACAUUCCUUGGAACAAAUUACUUAACAUAAAAUUUAAAUUGUUUUUGAACACAUUUCCGGAAAGGCCAUUGAUAUUUUCAUUGUAAAACUUGCAAUGUAUUUGCAAGCUCUUUAACUAAAAACUGUUCAAUUCAAUAGAUUUCAAUAAUUCUACCUAAAACUAAAUGUAUGCAUGUUAAAUAAACUGUAGCAAACAGAAUUGCAGAGGAAAGACAACUCAGAAUAGAGAUCAGGCAACUCAAGUAUCAGCUUCUCACUCUUGAAAUAGAAUUAUCCAAUGAACAGGCCAAGCACACUGAACUAUUGGACGAC